ACAAUACACCCGGAAAUAGCUCGGUGCGCAGCAAAAUACAAACGUCAAACUCUCUCAGUCACACGAACACGCCGCCAACACCAAUCUAUCAGAGCGAGAUUUAGCGAGAUUUGCAGUUUAAAGUCUGAACUCGUAAAUUGACUGCAUUAUAUUAAUUGGUGACGGAGCGGAUAUCAGCAACAGUCUGCUUAGCAGAACCAUAAGUAAUGUUGAGGGACAAGCUUUCAGCAUGACAGGCUAAGCUGAACCUUUACCUCUCGUGUGUGGCGUUCACUGGGGAGCUGCAGCCUCCACAAAGGCCUCUUUUCCGACUUGCGUCUUGGUUCCACAGGUUGCACCAUGGCGAUGUGGAUUCAGGCCCAACAGCUUCAGGGCGACGCGUUGCAUCAGAUGCAGGCGCUGUACGGUCAGCAUUUCCCCAUCGAGGUGCGACACUACCUGGCCCAGUGGAUUGAAAGCCAGCCUUGGGACUCUGUGGAUUUGGAUAACCCAGGAGAAGAGACUAAAGCUAAGCAUCUGCUUGACAACCUGGUGGCAGAGUUGCAGAAAAAAGCCCAGAUUCAGGGAGGAGAGGAUGGCUUUCUUCUCAAGAUCAAGCUGGGACAUUUAGCCAGCCAGUUCAAGAGCACUUAUGACCGCUGUCCUUUUGAAUUGGUGCGCUGCAUUAAGCACAUCCUGCAGUCAGAGCAGAGACUAGUUCAAGAAUCAACAAAUGCGAGCUCUGGGAGCGGUGGGCAGGCCAUGGACACGCUGUCCCAGCGACAUCAACAGAUCAACCAAGCUUUUGAAGAGCUGCGCCUAGCAACACAAGAGACAGAGAACGAGCUGAGGAAGCUGCAGCACAGUCAGGAAUACUUCAUCAUCCAGUACCAGGAAAACCUGCGCAUCCAGGCCCAGCUGAGCAGCUUGUCUUCAGUCCCCCCAGCAGAGCGAACGCAGCGGGAAGCCACCCUGCAGAGCAAGAGGGCCACUGUGGAGACCUGGCUCGCCAGAGAGGCCAGCACACUACAGAAAUACAGGCUUGACCUGGCAGAUCAGCACCAGAAGACUCUGGGUUUACUGAGGAAACAGCAGACUCUGAUCCUGGACGAGGAACUCAUUCAGUGGAAGAGGAGACAGCAACUGGCUGGCAACGGGGGUCCUCAUGAGGGGGGACUGGACGUUCUGCAGUCCUGGUGCGAGAAGCUGGCGGACCUGAUUUGGCAGAACCGACAGCAAAUUCGGCGCUGUGAGCAUCUUACCCAGCAGCUCCCUUUGCCUGGUUCAAUAGAAGAGCUGCUCACCAAACUCAACUCUGACAUUACUGACAUCAUCUCUGCCCUGGUCACAAGCACCUUCAUCAUUGAAAAGCAGCCGCCCCAGGUGUUAAAGACCCAGACGAAGUUCGCAGCUACAGUCCGUCUUCUAGUGGGGGGGAAGCUCAAUGUCCACAUGAACCCACCGCAGGUCAAGGCUGUCAUUGUUAGCGAGCAGCAAGCCAAAGCUUUGUUGAAGAAUGAAAGCACACACAGUGAAAGCAGUGGAGAAAUCCUUAACAACAACUGUGUCAUGGAGUACCAUCAGGCCACAGGCACUCUGAGUGCACACUUCCGCAACAUGUCACUGAAGCGAAUUAAGCGUUCGGAUCGUCGAGGUGCCGAGUCUGUGACAGAGGAGAAGUUUACAAUUCUGUUUGAGUCCCAGUUCAGCAUUGGAGGAAACGAGCUGGUGUUUCAUGUCAAGACUCUGUCUUUACCGGUCGUUGUGAUUGUCCAUGGCAGUCAGGACAAUAACGCCACGGCAACAGUCCUGUGGGACAACGCCUUUGCUGAGCCAGGAAGAGUGCCGUUCCUUGUCCCUGACAAAGUGCUGUGGACCCAGCUAUGUGAAGCCCUUGAUAUGAAGUACAAGGCAGAAAUGCACAGUGGGCGUGGCCUGACGGAAGAUAACCUGGUCUUCCUGGCACAGAAAGCGUUUUCAAACAGCAGUAAUAACCCUGAGGAUUACCGUAACAUGACCAUUUCCUGGGCCCAGUUCAACCGGGAAAACUUGCCUGGACGCAACUUUACCUUUUGGCAGUGGUUUGAUGGCGUGGUAGAACUCAUGAAGAAACACCUUAAGCCUCAUUGGAAUGAUGGGGCUAUUCUUGGCUUUGUGAACAAGCAGCAGGCUCAGGACAUGCUGCUGUCUAAACCCAACGGCACCUUCCUGCUGCGCUUCAGUGACUCUGAGAUCGGAGGCAUCACUAUUGCCUGGGUGGCUGAAAAUCCCAACAAACAAGGUGAAAGGCUGGUCUGGAAUCUGCUGCCUUACACAACGAAGGACUUCUCCAUUCGCUCCCUAGCUGACCGCAUAAGUGACUUGAAUCAUCUUCUGUUUCUUUACCCUGACCGGGCCAAGGACGAGGUCUUCGCCAAGUACUACACCCCUCCACUCUCGAAACCAGUGGAUGGAUACGUUAAACCGCAAAUCAAACAAGUUGUACCAGAAUUCACCACCCCAAAACCUGAACCCGCCACUGGAGUUGUAUUCAUGGACCAGACAGCUUCGUCCUCUGGGAGCCAUUCCAACAACUUUGGUGUCUACUCCUCCAUUAGUGACAACUUGCUGGAUCCGGAGGGAGACUUCAACCUGGAGGACACGAUGGAUGUUGCCCGUCAUGUGGAGGAGUUGCUUCGCAGGCCCAUGGCCAACCAGUGGAGCAGUCAGCAGUCCUGAACCUGAAACGUGAAGCCGCUGCACACCUUUGUGUUGUUUCUAUGUUUGGUUGUUUUUUUGUCUUUUUAACACUCACUCCCUCCCAAAAAUCCUGACGGGCAAUAAUAGAGAAGAGUCAGCUUGAUCGACACCUCAAUCCACUUCACAGUUCGGUUUUAGCAUUUAGUUAUGCUUGUCCAUAUGAGGAGAAUAUAGAGCUAUAGUUACUGGCUGAUAUCCUCUCAUCCUCACCAGAGUUUCUCUCAUCUGAAUUUGCUUGAUGGUAUUUUUUUAUAAAAAGGUUAGGCAUGCAGUAAUUUUCAGUAGAAGCUGUACAGUAAGUUCAUGUGUAGCUGAUGAACCUGCAAGACAUGAGGAAACAUUUUAACUGGGGAGAAAAAAGCUUGUCCAGAAAUGAUUGUAUAGUUAUGUGAAUAAGUACUAAAAAAUUAAUCUAUUUUCUAUUGGCAAUAAAAAUCUGUCAUUACAUAUUGUCUAAAAACUUUAAAGAGAGAAAAACUUGGAUACUAUGUAACUUCUUUCUAAACAACAGGGACCUUCAACACAAAUGGUACUUACAGACACGUUUAGUUAACAUGUCACUUAUUGUUGAUUGUAAUUUCCAACUUUUUUUAAAAGGUUUUAUUGGCUUUAGUGCCCUUUAUUUGAAAGUAGUUGGACAGAAAAGAGGGUAAUGAGAGAGGGGGAAGACAUGCGGCAAAUGUCGCCUGGCUGGGAAUCGAACCUGCGACUACUGCCAUGAGGAUUAUGGCCUUAAUACGUGGGUCGUUCUUUGCCCUGCGCCACCACUGCGCCCCAGUAAUUUUGAUUUCACAAAAAGUGUCAACCAUCAGACCAGCUGCAGUUUUUUUUUAUCUGUCUGUGACUUCAACUUUAUGGCUGAUUCAAACCAAUUAUUAAUCUAGUUUGGUCCAAAUAAAUUGGAAUGGUUGUUGAACUUACAGGAAAAAACAGAUUCUAAUUUCUUUCUUUUUCUAACCCUUCUGAAGAGAAACUUGUUUGUAUGAAAUAUGAGAUGGCAUUAAUAUUAACACAAAGAUGAAAUGUAGGAAACAUGCGUGUUUGACUUUAUCCUUUUCAAUAUCUAAUCCAGCAAACGGCUCCAAACCAGAAUCAUCAGAAUGAGCUGCCUGGCGUUGGCAGAGAGGGUUUCACUGGUUUUUCUUUGGUGGAACCAGCAAACUGAACUCUGCAGGUCGACACUGAUGAGUUUUUCUGACAAAUGUGUCUCCAUGUUGAGGGAAAUAAACAGGCUUUCCAACAAACACAUAGCCAAGAGGCAUUGCUACAACAAAGACAUAAUUGAUCAAACAUGUUUCCUUAAUUUUGUGCUUUAAAUGAAAACAUAAUAAUCCUGGAAUAUCAGGGUUCCAAUGUAAAAUGAGUGAAACACUGCCCCCCUCUGCCUCAAACAGGUGCUGCAAUGUGUAGGAAAGAAGAGACUUCCACUUGCAACAAGCCAAACUCUUAAAUACUAAAAUAUUUGACCAGUGCCUUCACACAGGUUAGAUGAUUCUCUAUGCUGUCCUCUGGAAAUGUAGGAUUUGACAUAGGAGCGCUUUUCUACGGAUAAAUUCUGAAUGCAUGUUUUGCACCAGAUCCUGCAGUGAUGAGAUUGGAACUGACAGCUCUCUUCCCAUUGCUUUGUUUUCAGCCCCAGCUGUGUUUUUGCAGCUCCAAACACAACAAAGGGAUAAUAAAAUCAGUUAAUAUAAAAGGAGACCCAAGCAGAGGAGAGUGUCUGUGCAGAAAUGCUCUGUCACACAGUUGUAGGUUCUAGUGACAGAGAACUUCAGUGUCUUUACCACUCAACACAUUUGUGUGUUUUAUGUACUGUCUGCACAUUUGUGUGAACUGCAUCACUUUAAAUCAUCUGCAGGUCCUGGUUGUAGUUUUGACUCUGAGCUGAGCUGGUUAGUUGCUACAUAACACAAAUGGUGUCAGUAGCUGCUUCUAGGUUUCCUGAAGAAUAUAGGAUACAAAGGUUAGAUUUCUGUAGAUCUUUUUGUUUCCUUCCUCAGAAGUUACAUAGUCUAACUUUAAGUGUUAAAAAUGUAAUUGAAUGUCUUGAGAUGUAUUUUUCCUUGCAAUGCGUCUGUUCCACCGUACUGCCUUGCAUCAUGUUGACUUGAGGUGCUGAAACAUGUAAAAUAAUGAGAUUUUACUGUUAAGUUUUUGUUGUUUUUACUUUGAGUUCGAAAUUUAGCUAGUGUUUUUAAUUUCUUAUAGAGCUGUUUUAUGCAACGUGAAACAGACAGCUGGGUGUCACUAGAACGAAGCAGAGUUUAAUCCUAAAACCUGCGUCUUGAACACCCACAUUUACACUAACUAAUGUGUCCUAACAAGGUGAAAUAAAGUCUUAAAGUGCCUUUUUAUGUGUUGGAGAUGGCAGACUUGCAAAAACAUUUCCUGUGCACAAACAUGCUGUAACAGAGAAUUUAUUAGAGUCAAAAUAGUUAGAACAUUAAUAAAACUCUUAAACAGAAAAUACUUGUUAAGGGUUAUUAUGACAAAGGGUAAUUAAAUUCUCAUUUUUAAAACUUUAACUGGAGGAGGAAGCUUGUUAUAACUAUGGCUGGACUGAUAAAUCAACCUGGAGUUCCUUAAUGUUGGGAGAUUGAUCGAUACUUGCAGGAGAAGCUGAUCUUAUCCACUGAUCUUACCCACCUCUGCAAAAGUCUGAAAAUCAGCCACUGUGCUUUUCUGCUCUGAUGUCAGGGCUGAGUGAAAGCCCCGCCCACCAGGUCAUUUCUGCACAUGCUCAGUUGACAGUAGUCACUCCACUUCGCAACAUUUUUAGCAACUUCUCAGACAAAAAUUGGAAUCAGCAGGUCAGGUGAUCAGUGAUCGGCCCGAAACUACAAUCAGCGAUCAGUGAUCGGCACCUCUGAUUACAACAAAAUGAGCCAGCCGCACUUUUGAAAUGUGGAAUGAGACCACACCCAGCUAGUUGUCUGUACAGCCUCACAUUUUACCUCAAGAGCUAAGAGAAGGUGUCACAGAUUAGAGGAAAUAAGUAGUCACAGUUGGUUAAUGAAUAAAAUUACAAGAAAAAUGUUCUUAUCUGAAAUCCUUAUGGUAGCUAUUGACCCUGGAGAAAUGAGCUGUACUUUGCAGUAAAUAAUCUCAGUCCUUCAAGUGGAGUUCUAACUGUGUCUGAACAGAACUAUUACUGUUCCUCAAUCAGCUUUAAAUCUCUAGUUGUGUUCUGCCAUGUGAAUUCUGUCUGUAAGGUUUAAACAUAAACUAUGUUUUGAAAGAGUUUUCCUUAAUGUGUCUGAAAUAUUUUAGGUACUUUUGUUUUGACGCUGAUAUACAUCUGAUGUUUACCUUUUAGUACAUCUCUCAGAUUGAUACUCUGAAAUGUUUUCCACUGGUUGCUAGGUACAUAGUAUGUAUUCAUUAAUUUUUAUUUCUGAUCAACUUUUUCUUCUGCGAUGAAUUGACUUUGUUUUUGUACUUACUUUUCAAUAGAAUACCGAAGAAUGUGAUACCAUGCUGUUUUCUACUAUGCCAUGUUAAAAUAAAAUUAUCAAAAUAC